CAUUUGUUUGCACUUUAAACUUUAUUGAGGAAAGGUGGAAUUUUUAUUGUUCAUAAUGACCUCUCAAACAAACUUUGGCGUGAUAAGCGAUCUCUAUGCUGCGCUAGAAACAGAACAAUGAAAGCAUUCAGCUGUGGAAUAAUUUGACUAGCUCAACUGUCAAAGUUUUUUUUUUAUUUUUGCAGUGCAGAACAAUUUAUUCAAACGUAAGAAAUGGUUGUUUGCAGAUUUUUUUUGCAAGGAAAUUGCAAAUUUGGAGACAUGUGCAAGUUUGAACACCAAAUAAAUGAUGUUUAUCGAUAUCGAGGGAACAACACCUCCGUUUUAAGACAAGAGCAAUACCCACCACAACCACAGCUCGACCUAACAAACCAGAAUACUAUUCUCUCGAUCGUUAAAAGUGACAUGUCGGCAGCAGAAGAGGGCCAUCAGUGGCCACUUUCUUGUUACUCUCCCAUUAAGGAGAUGCCUAGCUUUCCCGGGCUGGAAGACCAAAGCUUCGAGGAAGUGAGGUUGGGUUACUACGAAGCUCGAGGGAAUGGAACUGUUGACCAAUAUUGUCAGCAACUGCAUAUGAUUCUGCAAAAGGCGAUGAUGCAGAUCAAAUUUCUUCAAAAUCCUAGCUCAGACGUAAUUAACUCCAUCAAUUCCUUUUAUUCGUCGUCCGACGGUAAUAAUUUGGCACCAAGCUCCGCUUUUCCCAAUUCAAAUCUUUUCUCAUCAAACCAACAGAACACUGCUAAAUCGUUCUUCGCAGCAGCAAACCAAAAAUUAUUCGGAUCACAACCGGCUCCAACAACAGGAACGUUCUUUGGAAAUAAUCAAAAUGCAUUCGUGCAACCCACUCCAUCGUUCACGAGCGGCGUACAACAUCAGAGUCCCCUAACGAACAGUUUAGCAAACAACAGUCCUUUUUUUAAAAUGGAAAACACUGCUCAACCUCAACCAGCACCACUAUUUCAAAAUGCUCCUCCAUCGGCAGUCACUCAGGCACCAAUUUUUGGUGGAAAUGCAUUUGGAAGCAAUGCACAGGGUUUUGCUACAGAUGAUAGCGCGUACUCGAAACUUGAAGAUCUUAAUGAGGACGAGAUCAAAAUGUACCAGGCGGAAAAUUUUGAAGUUGGAAAAAUUCCUGAAAAACCCCCCACAAAAGAAAUGUGUUCCUAAUUUAUUAAAUCUAAUUUGUAUUGUAAAUAUUAUCAUGUAUUAUGUAGGGUAAUAUCCGUAAUUGUAUUGUAAAUAAAAUGGUACCUAAUUUA